AUGUUAGCCUAUCCUGGUUUCAAGGUUGGAAGCGUACAGCUUGUGAGUUUAAACAACAUGAGUGAGUGCGCUUCCCUUUCACCGCGUGGUAUUGACGCUCAUCUGACUGAAAUCACUCAAUUAGCCCUGAAUAACCAAACAACACUUCUAGCCACAGAAUUUUCGAUGCCACCUCCCCUACCACUCGUUGCCUUAUGGAGCUUCGUCGCGGAGCAGAUCCAUGUACACUCCACUGUUUGCAGUUCUCUCCGUGCUCACGUUUUCUUGCUGCCUCCAGGCACUAUCCACAUAUUCGCUAUUAGGGACUCUGAUGACGCCAAACGAGGCAUAUUGCACAAGGUUGGUUUAUCCAAAGGAGAAAAACGAAGCGCCGUUCAAAUCUCGCUUGAACCACGAGUCCUUGCAUGUGGUUUUAUUAAAGCUUCAUCGUCUUCGAUGCAGUCAGUAGUUGCCAUCUGCCAAGAUGGAUCUUAUCACAGGUUCUCUUUUGGCGCCGAUGGCUCCACAAAACGUGAAGGGUUUGAUUAUGUGAUGCAGCUUGGCGAUGAGCAGGAAUUCUGGACAAAACCUUUUUAG